UCGAGCCAGCGCCAUUUUUUCAAUGCGAGACUCGGCCUGCAUAAAUUAUGUUCAUGACGUAGUGCAAAAGAGCAAAUUUGUGUUAAUUUUUCGGCACUUUUCUGCAGAUAAGGGUUUACCUUGGCUAUUAAGGUGCACUUGCUUCACCGGCACGACAGUUAACGGAGAGACGUCAUUAAAUAUUUAGUUAAAAAGAGGACCAGCGCUUUCCCGAGCCUCCUUAUCCAUGCAAAUAGCUCUUUUGUGUGCUUUCGUAGCGCGCGUCGGAAGCUGUGAAAUGAAUUUUUAAUUAUGCAUAUUUAAAACAAACUGUGGCAAAGCUCGCCGAAGGAGGAGAAAUAAAGAAAAUAUCCCACCUUUCAGCGGGGGUACUGUGGAGCUGGUAACAUCCCCUUCAACCACUAUGCAGAAUCAGUGAUCUCCUCAGAGCUUAGACUUCAUCAUGGACACUGAGGAUCUCCCUGCAAACAAUGCGCCACUCACCGUCAAUGAACAGCCAUUCACUGUCUGACUGCAGAAGUGUUUUCUCAGCUUUUAGGUUCCUGCACUUUGAAAUUCCCAGCACAAGACGACCAGGUCAUUGUCAUGUCAGGACAGGAGACCAUCCGUGUGCUGGAGGUGGAGGUGGAUACAGCCUUGUCCUCUUCAGGGGCUGAUGGGAAUGUGGAGUCAGGGGGCGAGGAGGCUGCUGUUCAGAGCCUGGAUGUAGCUGAGGAGGCUCCAUUGGACAGUCCAGUAACCACAAGCACUACCACAGCUGUGUCUGUGGAGGUCUCAGCACCUGCAGUACAGACCGUGGUCUCCAAAGCCCCCAUAAGUGUGCCUCCGGCCCAGCCACAGACUAGCGUUCCCAUCACUGUCCAGGCCUGCCCACAGGUCCUGACUCAGGAUGGUUUGGCCUCUCUGAUGACUGGCAUGCUUGCCCAGCAGGGUUCUCUGGGUCAGCCCCUGCUCAUACCUCUGAGUAUGGCUGGAUCUGUGGGGGGUCAGGGGGGUCUGGCAGUGCUCACCUGGCCCACCGCCACUGUCGCCACCCUCCCUGGUCUCGCUGCAGCCAGCCCUGCUGGAGGACUGCUGAAGCUGCCAUUUGCAGGACUGCAAGCUGCUACUGUGUUGAACUCUCUCCAGACGCAGCUGCAGUCACCUGCGCAGGCAGUCCUGCAGCCCCAGGUGUCUGCUCUGCAGGCGGCUGUGCAGCCAACGCAGACCACACCAGCCACCACUGCGUCUGUUGUUCAGAAGGUGUCAGAGCCCAGUGCCUCGGUCGCAACACUUCAGACUGCAGGCCUGUCCAUCAACCCUGCUAUUAUUAGUGCAGCUUCUCUGGUAGCUCAGCCUCAGUUCAUCAGCUCUCUCACUACAACUCCCAUCAUCACCAGUGCCAUGUCUAAUGUGGCAGGACUCACGGGUCAACUCAUUACCAAUGCACAGGGCCAGGUAAUUGGAACACUUCCCCUGCUGGUCAACCCUGCAUCACUGGCUGGAGCUGCAGCAGCCUCUGCGUUACCUGCUCAAGGUCUGCAGCUCCAGACUGUGUGCCCACAGCUGUUCCUCAACUCCCAGGGCCAGAUCAUUGCUACAAUAGGAAACGGUCCAACAGCUGCUGCCCCGUCCGCCGCCUCCGUCCUCCCCAAAGCCACUGUGCCCCUGACACUCACCAAGACCAGCACACCGGGUCCUGUUGGGAAAGUGGCGCCAUCUAAAGUCAUUAUUGCUCCCCAGCCGCAAGUGGUUAAAUCAGUCACAUCCCUCACCUCUACCGGUGCCAUCGCCUGUGGAGACAUGCCUACAGUGGGGCAGCUUGUCAGCAAACCACAGUCUGCUGUGAAUGAAGAAGAGGCCAUUAAUCUGGAGGAGAUCCGAGAGUUUGCCAAGAAUUUUAAGAUUAGACGGCUCUCUCUGGGGUUAACACAGACUCAAGUGGGUCAGGCUCUCACCGCUAUGGAGGGUCCCGCCUACAGUCAGUCAGCCAUCUGCAGAUUUGAGAAGCUUGACAUCACUCCUAAAAGUGCCCAGAAGUUGAAACCUGUGCUGGAGCGCUGGCUGGCAGAGGCUGAGCUCUGGAAUCAGAAAGGUCAGCAGAACUUGAUGGAGUUUGUGGGCGGAGAGCCCUCCAAGAAGCGCAAGAGGAGAACCAGCUUCACACCGCAGGCCAUCGAGGUCCUCAACACUUACUUUGAGAAAAACUCCCUUCCCACUGGCCAAGAGAUUACAGAGAUUGCCAAGGAGCUGAACUACGACCGAGAGGUGGUUCGGGUCUGGUUUUGUAACCGUCGACAGACUCUGAAAAACACUAGCAAGAUCAGCUUGUUUCAGGUCCAGUAGAGCUAUGGUACGUC